AUGGACAGAGAACAGUUCGCCCAGUUGCUGGACCAGUGUUGGAAUGACUUUCGACGGCAGGCGAUCGCAGCGUACCCAGAACAAGUCGCCGGCUUGAGAACGCCAGGGUCGGGCAGGGAGCUGCAGGCUGGUUCCCCUCAGACUCAGGUUGCCGCGCGAGUACACCCUGACUUCGAUGACACAAGUCCUGGACCAGCCAUGAGCCACCAGUCGUCUCUGAAAUCGAAACGCCUACCUGAUGAUGACAACAUGAGCGUGAUCGACGCGGAGAUUGUGACUGCUUCUACAACCAGCGCCAUGCUCCGCUCCGCAUUGAAGAACAUGGCGCCUUCGGAAGCCUUGGCCACGAGCCAACGUCUGCGGAUACGACUGGGAGUUUUGCCUCAUCAGCAGCUUGUGUCUGGGAAGUCUCUUCAUGAUGCCGUCGUUGCACUUGGCCUUACGAGAUAUGGCGUCGAGGACAUGAACGACCUUGUGAAUGAGCUGGCAUCCUACAUUGGGCUAUACUUCAAGGACAUGAGUACCGCGUCAUUCACGAAGGUCAAGUUUCAGGACGACGUGGAUUUCAUCGGUGUGCAGCCUCUUUGGAAGUGGCCCCCGAAGGACGCCACAUCCCCUUGUCAUGAUAUCCCACUGGAUGCCCGACUGGAGCAGAAUGUGGUUCCCGCACAAGCCUUGAUGGAGCUCUUCCUUGCUGAAGAAGGGCAAGUUCAUCGAAAGGUGUUUCAUACAAGCGCGCUGCUGCAACAGUUCAAAGCCAUGAGGGAGAUCUUACUGGCCAGCGAUGCAAACCGCCUCGUCGCUGAGUUGACAUUCGUCAGGAUCAACGACCUGGCCGCCCCUCCAGAAGCCAUGCACCCGUUGAUGUACAUUGAGCCCUUCGUAGCCUUGAUGAUUCUGGCGAAUGGGAUCAUGAUAGGCUUUCAGACCGAUCCCAACUACCAGGAAUGGGAGGGAUGGAUCUACCUUGAGACGGCCUUUGCUGUCCUCCUCAUCCUCGAGAUUUUGUUUCGAAUGCAUUUUCUGCGGUGUCAUACAUAUUGGUGUGGCCCGGAGAGAUAUUGGAAUUGGUUUGACCUUUUCCUGGCAGUGACUUCAGGAACCGACUUGAUGCUGCAGAUUGUUGCACAGCAAGCCAGUGACAUCGCUGGGACCGGUCUCCUGAGAUUCACAAGGCUUAUUCGGCUGGCGAGAAUUGUCAAAGUCUUCCGGCUAAAGAUCAUGAAAGAUUUGCGCCUCAUGGUCAAGGGAUGGAUUGCAGGGCUACGAACCCUCGUCCUCGCAUUCACUUUAUUGUUCGCCGUCCUCUACGUCAUCUCUGGCUUCGCCACCAUGGCCCUUGGCGGGCAGCUCGAAGUGGAUGGAGAACUUUGGCCUCACUUCCAAACGAUUCCUGCCUCGAUGUUUACCGCCUUCAGAUGCUUCACGGGCGAGUGUGUCAGCAGCCGAGGACAUCCCAUGACCGAUGCUCUCGCGACCAAGUUCGGGCUGGCCUUUCAAAUCCCUUAUGUUGCAAGCUAUAUGCUGGUCACCAUGGGCAUCUUCAACGUGAUUUUGGCUGUCUACGUGGAUAUAACCAUGAGGGCUGCAAAAGAGAAUGACGUAAACAGCGCAGAGCAGUAUGCGCGUGAGUCCAUUCGGGUGGCCCGGUGUGCUCGCGAGCUUCUCAAGAGGUUCGCUACUGCAUACCGGGAACUCAGCGACGCUGAUCAGGGACCAUCGGCCAUGGACAUGAUGUCCUCCAUGGAGUUUACCUCAAACCGAGCCGGGGUAUUCACGGACGAUGAUGUUCAUGAUCAAAUCGAGAUUUCCAAGGAGCUUUUUCUCGUUGUCAUUCAAGAUAGAGGUGUGCAGCAGCUCAUGGAUGAGCUUGAUCUACCACCAGACCGGGCCAACAUGUUCGAAGUCAUCGAUGCCGACGGGAACGGCACCCUCCAUGUUCAAGAGCUGGUCCAGGGCAUGUUGAAAAUCCGCGGCGACCUCACCAAGAGUGACACAGUGGCCGCAUUGCUGGCCACGAAGGCGCUCCAAAGCACAGUUUCACAACUCAAGCGGGAUCUUGCACAGACUAUCGAGACUUUGCACUACAACCUCAACUAUGUUGAGCCCUACCAAAGGACAACAACUCCAUUCGAGCCCUUUCAAAGGAAUGCAACUCCAUUCAUCUUUGAGCAUCAUUCCGAUGAAGGAGUGGAUGUAGAAGCUGAGCCAAGAGCUUCGAGCAAGGUUCAUUUUCCCUUGUCGCCUUUACCUGUCCAGCCGGCAAAGCCACCGGACGUCACCGAAGAAAGUGACAAUGACCUUGCUUUUUUGCCCCGCCGAUUGUCUCAAUAA